AUGAAGCGACUGCAGCUCCAAAGAUGGAGCAGUACAGUCCUUUCGCCGCGCGCUCGGACUAGCAACAGACUGCAUCAACAUCUCUGCUCUUGGAGUUUACGGCAUCAAUCGACCGUCGCUGCUGUUCAAGAAUCAACACCCGAACUGAAGUACCGUCUCGAAAAUGCUCACAAACGUAGCGCCCACCUUCAAUACCCUUCCCCCCCGGUAAAUGCCGCGUUGGAUUCCGCCAAACUUGCCUCCCUUCACGCUCGCCUUUACCUUCCCUCUCGACUACCUCUCCAAACGCUCGCGCGAACAUUGGUGGACGCUUCAGCGGAUUCUAAUGUCGACUUCAACAAUGAAUCGCUCGCCACACUUGGUCACGAUCUUCUCACCUAUUACACCUCCGAACACCUCCUUUGCACCUAUCCCCGUCUACCUCUGAGCGUCGUUUUCGCCGCUAUGUACGCCUAUGUUGGACCUAAGACCCUCGCAGCGAUGUCGAAGGAAUGGGGUGUAGAUCUCGCUACACUGCCCGGUGGAGAAGUCGACCCUGGUUAUCUGCAGUUCAAGCGAGUUCCACCUGGAACCGUACUGGAUACCGAGACCGAAAAGAACGGACAACGCAAGAAUUGGAGGAAGACAGUCACCUCAAAGGUUGUCUACGAUGAUGAAUUUGGUGAUCCCAUCAAGGGUUCGAGCAAUUCGGGCGUGGGUGUCCCUGCUGAGUUAGCCCGUGCUACCUCUGUGCGGGCUCUCAUGGGUGCGAUCUACUUGCACGCCGGCCGCCCAGCUGCCAAGCUUUUCUUCGAGCAGCACUUCCUCUCCAGAAGCUUGAACAUUUCACAGCUGUUCAAUUUCUCUCAGCCAGCCCGUGAUCUGACCCGUCUGUGCGCGCGUGAGAACUUCGAGAAGCCCGUCGCCAAGAUUAUCAGCGAGACUGGUCGUCUUAGCAGACACCCUGUCUUUGUCGUUGGUAUCUUUUCUGGUCAGGACAAGCUGGGUGAGGGCGCUGGCGCCAGCCUGCUUGAGGCUCGUGAGCGUGCCGCCCUUGCUGCCCUUAAGGGCUGGUACCUCUACAGCCCUCUCAAUGUGCGAGUCCCCAGCUCAAUGGAAGAAGAAGGUGCCGCACCAUGGAACCCCGCCCACGUUGACCUGGGUGAGGUGAUCUCUUAA